UGAAACAAGUGACAGACGUUGGGCGGAGUGAUUCAUUUUUUGCUAGAAAUUACUUGUUUUUUUGUCGUGUAGUAAUUGUAUAGCUUUUUCUCAUGCAGUGCUCUAAAGACAAUUACAUUUCUUAGUGGUUACACGAAAUUAUUAGCGACGUCAUCGUUUAUCGUCACAUAUUCUCUGUAGCGAAGGCAUUUUAUACUGUGUCAAUCAUGGUACAGGAGUACGACCACCUCUUCAAACUCCUCAUCAUUGGGGACAGUGGUGUGGGGAAGAGCUCCUUGCUUCUGAGGUUUGCUGACAAUACUUUCUCUGGUAGUUAUAUUACUACAAUUGGCGUUGAUUUUAAAAUAAGAACCAUAAAUAUUGAAGGAGAGAAGGUAAAAUUGCAAAUAUGGGAUACUGCUGGUCAGGAAAGGUUUCGCACUAUCACAUCAACAUAUUAUCGAGGGACUCAUGGUGUCAUUGUUGUCUAUGAUGUAUCUAAUGGAGAUUCGUUUGCAAAUGUGAAGCGGUGGCUCCAUGAAAUAGAACAAAACUGUGAAGUUGUUAACAGAAUCCUAGUUGGCAAUAAAAAUGAUGCCCCUGAUAGAAAAGUUGUCCUCACUGAAGAUGCUCAGCGAUUUGCUGACCAAAUGAACAUCCAGCUGUUUGAAACAAGUGCCAAGGACAAUAUUAACGUAGAAGAGAUGUUUAUGGCAGUAACAAGACAAGUUUUGAGAACUAAACAAGAUAAUAAAGAACAAGAAGCUAAUAAAAGAGAUAUUGUGAUCCCUGGACGCCCCAAAAAAGCGAGGGGUAAGAAAUGUUGUUAGCAGAGAAAUCAAGGAGUUUUGCUUGAGGUAUCAUGACAUCUUUAAUUGUGACCUUGUGAAUGUGUUUUUAUAAAUCAAUGAGUCAUUUAGAAUCUCAAUUGGAGAUUUUAAACCUGAUGGGUGCAUUCAAGUUUUCACCAUUGAGGCUCUAUAUAUUCUUUUGCAUGUUUUGAAAGCUGCUAUUUAUGUAUCUUUAGUUCAAUAUUAGACAAAUCUUCACUAUUAAUGGUGGUCUGAAAGCAAUCAAAGCUGUUGGUAUAAUUGAAGUAGCAGAGAUAAUCAUCUGUGAUGACAUGUUUCAGCUUUAUAUGAGUUAUGGCUGAUUUAGCUUAAAAAGUUUUGUCUGUGAAAAUGGCAUAAGUUGUUUCUAAAUGUUCAAUAUUGUAGCUUGGCUUUUAAUGGCCUAUGCUGUCUGAAUAAAUCUUCCAUUUUCAUUUUGCAAUGUAGUUUUCCAGUAGCACAUCAAAGACUUAUUUUUUAAAUCAAAAAAUUUUGCUGUGUUGACUUUUAAGUGUGAGUAUUAAUGAAUUAGGUACAUUUUGAAUUUUAACUGGCAUGUGAAAAAUCAGUAUAGCUCUAUGUUUUAUAAGGAAUACAAAGACAAAUUUGAAAAUUACAGUAUUUAGCAUAUUCAAAAUUGAAGUGUAUCUUUUAUAACUGUUGGAAGCUCUGUAAAUUUUUUACCUAAUGAAUAAGAUCAGGAUCAUAAAGCCAAAUUAGUGGUAUGUUGGAGUUAAUGCAUUGAGACUAAAUUCUGCCUUGCCAGAUUGACCUGUGGAAAUAGCGACACACAUCCAUUCUUUUGCUGUUUUAUUGUAUAAAACAUUGGCACUUGGUUGUCAGGGCAUCAGGUGGGUGAAAUACUAUUUAAUUGUGUCUAUAUACCUUGUAGAUAGGAGAUGUAACUUGGAUGAAAAAUUAGAUAGCACUGAGAUCUUAAAAGUUAGUUUUAGUACAAAAAUCAAUGAAGUUGUUGCGAGAUCAAUGGUUGUGUACCUUCUUCAGAUCUCGCCUUACCAGGUUUCUUCUUUAGUACCCUCUAACAUAUUCAAUAUUCAUUAUUCAGUCUAAUUUUAUCUCACAGCGCUCCAUACCAAUUCCAAGUGAUUAGUUUAAUGAAAACUGAGGUUUUUGUGCUCAACAAACAUCCUCUGUAUAUGUGUGUAUAAAAUUAUAUUUAAUUGUGAUGUGUGUAAUUUUGUUUGUAUAUUGAAGUGAAUCACUCACUAUAUAAUGGUUAAUUGUUUUUCGUUUCAUUAUUUAUCCUAAGUCAGUCUGUAAUAGAUAUAAAGCUAUUGUAAAGACUAAGCUAAGAGCAGUAGUUAAUAUGGUAGGUCAGUUACCAUUUUUAUAGAAAUUUUAUGAAAUGUAUGAAGAAAUAAUAUCCACAGGUACAACUUUUUAGUUCUGUUUUAGGUAUAAUUCUCAUUUCUUUCAGAUGUAUGCCUCAUUGUUCUCUUUCUCUCUGUGGAGACUGGACCUGUAAUCACUUGAUUUUUUUGCAUUUCCGGUAAAAACUUACCCCAUAUUUUGUUACCUGGAAGUGAAUUUAACUCAAUGUAUGCUUACAUAAAUGAAUCAUGUUAAUUUUCAUUUCUUUUCUAAUUUUAACUUAUCAAAUUUUCGUUUCAAUCAUCAUUUAUUCCUGUAUUAUUGUUAGCAUGCAUGUACUAAGCUUGAAUUUGAUACUGUUAGAUCUUCUUUUCAUUGAAAGGCUUGGGUCCUUAGAAAUUUUUGUAGGGCUGUAUGUAGAUUACCAUUUAUGUGUGCUAAAACCCUUGCUUAAUGUCUCUUCAUGUUCUACUUUGGAUGAUUUCCAACCUCCUGGAAUGCUGAUGGAGUUGCUCUGGAUGCUUUGACGCCUGAUACUUGCUCAUUGUGAUGGUUUAGUUGUUAAGGUGGGAUCUUUGCCCUCCAGAGACUACGCAUGUAAGCGCGUAUGCAUUUUUCUUUUGUGAACAAACUUUUGCUGAGCGUAUGUGUGUAAUGGAACAUAAAAUUAUAAAGGGUAUGAUGUAUGGUAUGUAUAUUCAAGUACCAAACUGUGUGCAUUUUCUUUCAAUGGGCUAUGCUAUGACUGUUCUUGCAUCACAUUUUGAAGUAAUCUAUAGCUUGGUUUCUAUGAAAAUUUGGUGACCUUCUCUCUUGAAAAUUCAAAAUUCAAUUUCAUUUUGUUCAUUUCCUUCAAUGAAAAAUAACGCUUCAGUUGUUAUGUUUGUAAGGUUUUUGUUGCCAGAUACAUUCUUUUCUCACACCCAUUUUGUUGAAGUGUGGCAAUCUUUUGCAAUGAGAUGGUAAUGUGCCCAGCUCUGUACUUGCUCAAGUUCUUUUCUUUGCUAAACCUAAUUUUUCUUCUCUUAGCCCUUACCUGUAGUCUCCAAACUCUCAUUCAAUUUCAGUUGACUCUCUCCCAUUGACGCACAGUUUUACCUGUCUGCUUGUAGCCAAUAGGUAUCUAUGAAUGUGGCCAAACUGAACAAAUUUCUAAGAAAGCUUUUGAGUAUUUUUUAACUUUAAUCUGAUUGUCAAAACUAUUCUGAACUUUUGUCCUGUGCAGUAAAGAACAAUUGUUAGUAUUUUGUAUUGAUUUUUUUUGUAGGAAAUUUCAGUGCAAAGAUUCAGUAAACGUACAUUGUUAUAAUUUUCACCUGGUUAUUGGUUGUAAAAUGUACAUUCUUGAAUGGGAAUUAGUUUCAUAAGAUGAUGUUUUAGUCAAUGCCAAAGUCCAGUUUUGUAUUGCAAAUCCCUUUAUAAGUAGCACAAUUUUAAUGGAUAUGAAACGUUGCAUUUAUUACAUGCUUUUGUGUUAUUGAUUUGGUUUUUAUGUCAGAGUUUGUAGGAUGUUCCUGGGUACCAGGGGACUCUUUUAUUUAGUUAGUUUUAUUAACUUUUUCUCUCUAAUUAGGAGAGAAUUCGUAAGGAUAUUGUGUUAGACCUCAAGUGGUAAUAUUAAUCACAUGGAUUACAUUUCAUAGAAAAUAUGUAUUUUAAGAGUCAGUAUUUCAUGUCAAGCCUCAAAUUUCUUUUUAAGUUAAAACAAAAAAUUUCAGAAAAAUAGGCUUAUGUAUACAUAUUGAGAUCAUACAUAGUUUAAAUCUUUUAGUCAGAAUCGCGCUAUUUCAUAACAGAUGACGAACCAUUUUUCAUCAUAAUCGUAAUUAAUUUAGAAACCCAAACAGUUUCAAUGUUGAGAAAUGUUGCAAAAUCUUCCACGCAUUUUCAUUGUUAAGAUUUUUUAACUCAUCGAUCAUAUAUUUUGCAUUAUUCUACAGAAUUGCAUAACAAUUGUGUAAUAUUACUGAAAAAUCUAGAAUGGUCAAAUUUUUUUUUAGCUUUGUGAUAAAAGUUCCUUGAAUUUAUUCUUGCAAUUGGUGUGCAUAUCAUAAGACAUAAUUAUUUGAAAUUGUAAUGGCUGUUCAUAGCUAUUCCAAGCUCUGGUAAGAUGACUGCCAUAUCCAUCAGCUUGUCAAAAUAAAUUAUUUUCACAUAUACAUUUACAA